CGCCCGCAUCUUUGGCAACAGACAAUCAGAAAUACAUCCUGGGGAUGCUGCAUCGUCUUUUUUUGUCGGCGAUGAGGAUGCUCUACAAAACUUUUGAGCGGCCGCUACAGACUCGCAGUUUAUUCUUUUAGCUAUAUGUUUGCUUAAGUUUCGUCGUGCUGUUAUUACACAGUCAGCUUUGGCCAUCGUAGAACAUUAUUUUACUUGGCGUACUCCACUAAUACAAUGACCGGAGUUUUUGAUUGUCUAACUUCAGAUAUGCAUUCCAGCCAGAUUACCUCAAACAGUUACCACACCUUGCACAAAUCGCAGGAAUCACCAACUCUACCGGUGUCGACUUCCACAGACAGCAACUAUUACAACAACCAACAGACUGGACACUGCGCUGGAUCGCCUUACGGACAGCUUGGUCUUUAUCAGUACCAACAUACGAAUGGUAUAGGCAACGGUCAGUACAACUCCAAGUCCUACGACGUGGGCUUCAACACUUCUUACAGCACAUACGGCUCAUACGCUUCAAGCUCCUCGCCACCUCCUACGGACGCAGAAAAAGAAGAAGGUGAGAGUGAAAUCCGAAUAGUCAAUGGGAAGCCGAAGAAAGUCAGGAAACCUCGCACUAUCUACUCCAGCUUUCAGCUGGCCGCGCUUCAGAGGCGCUUCCAAAAGACACAAUACUUGGCUUUACCCGAGAGAGCCGAGCUGGCGGCGUCCCUGGGACUCACACAAACCCAGGUGAAAAUCUGGUUUCAGAACCGCCGGUCGAAGUUUAAGAAGCUGUGGAAAAACGGAGAAAUUCCCCCGGAGCAACAUGUGGCUUCCAGCGAGUCUCCCCCCUGCAGCUCUCCGCCAGCUAGCAUAGCCUGGGAUUUUCCUCCAAAUCAAAGAAUGAACGGUGUAAACACGGGCUUGGUUCAAAGCAGCAGUCCUUCUAAUUCGACUGCUCCUUCCUUCAUGGCAAACUAUUCCUGGUACAACUCCACGAACUCUGCAGCCCAUAUACCACCUAACCCGUUAUUACAACACCAUAACUCUGCUGUGAGUGCGGGGACUAUAUUUUAACACUGGGCUGAACGACUCGUGAAAGAAGACAAAAAAAGAUUUUUACUGACCGUCUGGUUCCUUUUUUAUACGGACUUGAAAUUUGUAAACUCGUCCUUUCACGGUGGAGGCAAAAAACGCGCGAGUGUGACAGACUUGAUGUCGGUGCCAGACUGUAAAAUAUCGCCCUGCCCCGAUUUUUAAGAAUUAAUGUUUGCGAAGUUGUUUGUAAACGUCUCAUGGACAAUUAUGCAACAUUUAAAUUAUUGUUUUUUUUUUUUUGUAUUUAUUUAUUGUGUUUGUUUUGGUUUUCGAAAUAUGAAAACAAGACAUAUAUCCAGAACAGCGUGUUUUUACAAUAUAUGCAAAUCGUUAGUGGGGCAGUUCGGCGUAACAUCUCAAGUAAAUGUAAGCAUUGCGGUAAUAAACAUGUAGCAGCCUUUAAACGGUAAUGUUGGAUUUUGAAAAUGACCUCGAGUUUGUUAGCAAACAUGUUUUGUAUGUACCAAAAAUUGUUUUUAUUAUAUAUUAUUUCCAUAUGAGGUUAAGUGGAGCAUAUCGGACUAGUUUGCAUUAAACUUAAAGUCUUGCUGUUAUAAAAUA